AUGAAGUCCGCGGUGAUGAAGGAUUUGCUGAAGAGUGGUCAACUUGGUUUCGGUUGUCUUGAGACAUGGCUGCUGUUGAAACUCACCGAUGGCAACGUUCACAUAGCCGAAGCUUCCAACUACUCGUCAAGCGGAAUGUUUGAUCCCUUCAUUAACGACUACAAUAAAACGAUACUACGAAUUAUUGGCUUCCCUUUGGCGAUUCUACCGCCGUUGGUUGACUCAGCCAGUGAGCGGCCACUCGGUCUCGUUGCCCGACGUCUUUUCUCACGGAAGAUACCAAUACACACGGUGCUUGCCGAUCAACAGUCAGCAUUGUAUGGAACUGGAGGAUGGCGGCCGGGUGACAUUAAGGGCUAUCAUCCCUUUGGUGUUUGGCGUGUGACCAAUUACUCUGUGUGUUGUAGGCGAAUGGAAAAUGACGCACUGAUCGGUGUAGUGCUGAAAUGGGCUACAAAGCAUAGUCUUUUUGCUGAUGUCACACAGACAUCUGCUUUGGCAGCAACGGUUCAGAAUUCAAAUGGAGUUCUUUUUGUUCCGGCUUUCGGCGGGUGUAUCUUAUCUCAUUUUCAAGGUCUUCAAACUCCGAUCAAUGAUGACACCGCUUGCUGUGGUUUUCUAGGUCUUUUUGCUGAUGUCACACAGACAUCUGCUUUGGCAGCAACGGUUCAGAAUUCAAAUGGAGUUCUUUUUGUUCCGGCUUUCGGCGGUCUUCAAACUCCGAUCAAUGAUGACACCGCUUGCUGUGGUUUUCUAGGUAUCCGCCCAGAUACAACAAAAGCUCAUAUGGUGCGAGCGAUUUUGGAGUCGAUCGCCUUUCGAGUUUACCAAAUAUUCGAAACAAUGCGAGUUGAGGUUGAGAUCCUAAGCAAGCCGAGGAUACGGAUCUGUGGUGGUGUAGCGGCAAAUGAUUUUGUAUGUGAAACUAUUGCCACAUUAACCGAUAUCCCAAUUCAACGAAGAAGGACGGUGGUUACGUGGUUUCGUGGAGUUGGCCUUCUUGGCCGGUAUUGUUUCAAGGGUAUGUGGAGUGAAGCGGAUUUGGAGACAAUGGUCGAGGUCGAUCGUUGUUUUAUGCCAUCCGAGGAGGCUUCUGAAAGCCUCCGACAGUCUUACCGACUAUGGCUGAAGGCAGUUCAGCGUUGUUCCAAGUUCUAUGACUCUUAG